AAUGUUGGAUUUAUUUUAAGGCUUGUUACGCAUCUCUGCCAAGGGGGAGAUAUCAACAAAUGCAUGAUUAAAAUCUAGUUAUUAAUCCAUGUGAAGAGAGCCGUCGUUAAAACUGGGUGAGGCCCGUCAGCUGCUGCGGGGAGGACCCGGUGAUGUCAAAGCUGAUGUAAAAAUGAAACGGGGAAGCCUGCAGAUCUCUGCCGCCUUCUGGAGCGGUAAAUCAGGGAGGGGGAACAACAAACCCGUCCGCUUCUAAUUAGAGUAGCAGGCGGUGCGUUUAGGGCCAGUUUGUCCACUGGAAACGCUCCGUCGCUGCUGCAGCAGCUCCUGGUCCGCGGAUCUUGCAGCCUGUGCAUCACAGAUCUCUCCGUCACACCGAGGUUUCCCCCCUCUGCUGCAUGCGUAACAUCUCUCCGGGUCCAGCCGUGGAGCGCACCGACACCUGACCGCUCGGAUCGCAUCAGAACCCGCUCGGAUUUUCCUCCUUCAGAUCAGAAGCGAGGCUGGGAUUUCCUCCUAUCGUUUCAUUUUUUUUAUUAUUCCUACACAUCCUCCUCCUCCUCCUCUUCUUCUUCUUCUUCUCCUUCUUCUGUGUGUGUGUGUUGGGUGGAGUCAACCCGGAAUUCUCCAAAUUGGAAAAGCAUUGGCACGUCUCAGGCACACCAUGAAGGACAGCAUCGCCAACAACAGCACAGCCAGCAUCUCCCAGGCCAGGAAAGCAGUGGAGCAGCUGAAGAUGGAGGCCUGCAUGGACAGGAUAAAGGUCUCCAAAGCAGCUGCAGACCUGAUGGCGUACUGCGACGCCCACACACGCGAGGACCCCCUCAUCGUUCCCGUCCCCGCCUCUGAGAACCCGUUCCGGGAGAAGAAGUUCUUCUGCAACAUCCUCUGAUGAGCCAUCGCCGCCGCCGCAGCAGCCGCUACGAGUGCAGGCUUGGCGUUGCCUGGCUUCUCCGUCUUCACCACACCUGAAGCUAUUGGCCAUCAAAGGCGUUGAGUUGAGUUUUGCCUGGUGGACACUCUGUUGUUGCUGGUCAGCUCUGUCUUAGUGGCUGAGGGUUUUGGGGGAGUCAGCCACCGAACUGGCAACCCAGUGAGCGUUACCAUGUCUUGUUAAAUAGGUUUGUUAUUGCUUUGUUGUUAGAGAACAGCCUUGCUCAGUGCUUAAUGAGAUGAAAGAUGUGUUUUUUUUCUUUUUCUUUUUGAAUUUUCUUGUGCUGGAUCGUAACUUGCCUCAGGAAACAGAAAAUUUGCCCAGUGUUGAAACUUCUACAUCAUGUUUUCCCCUUUUACUUUAUCCAGAGCAAAGUUUUCAAAGUUUUUAAUUAAAUUUCCAAAGAGUGGUGCAGUUUGAUUUUAUAGCAACAUUGAAAUUUAAUUUGAUGCCUCCUUUUAAGCUGAUAGGAGUCUCAGAAAAAUUCACUUUCUUUUUUGGAGCCUCAAGCUGGCAAAAAGCAACUUCAAAUUUCAUUUAAAAUCUAGAUUUGACUUGGACUCAUGGACCGGGACUCAAGUCUGAUUGGGAUUCUUUAUAAUCAGAGGUUAAAACAAUCUGAUAUGACUGCAGCUCUGACACAUAAUACAUCGUAUUUGCAUAAUAUUCCUAUGAAAACAUUAGCUUGAUUUAUUAGCUUUGGCAGACCUUCACUCUAGCCACUUCCUGCUUAUCAAAAUAAAAGUAUUUCCAUUACUUUCAUUCAAAAAUGUCAAAAUACUUUCUUAUCUACUCUUUCCACAGUGCCCCAGGCAUAAUGUUGUAAUUUAUACCUUACUUUGGAGCAUAUUUACCUGUUAGGCUUUACAAAACGGUUCUAAAUAAUUCAAAUUGAGGUGGAGAAAAACUUGUAACCCCCAAAUAGUUCAGUAUAGAGUUAAUGAGUUCAUGUCUUUAAUGCAGGGAUUGACUAAAUAAAAGCAUAUGGUUUUAUUCAUUCACAAAUUAAACAUUUUUAAAGACAAGAGACCUGACGAACACUCUUCCUGUGACGAUGUGAGACCUCAUGUAGACAUAAAUUCUAAAAACUUGACUUAAACUCAAACCAAAUCUGUUAGACUUGGUUUGAUUGGGAAGCAAAAACCCAACAUUUGUUACAUUUUUGUUGAUAUUGUAUAACUAAGUUCAUCACCAUAAUAAUGACCACACAGGUGUCUCUCCAGCUGAAUGAAUAUCAUAUUAAACAUCAUGUACUUGAUGAAAAAAUGACUUUAGUUAUGAAUUGAGAGAAACAACAUCUGCACUUCACCCGUCAGGAUUCGCCGAAAGCACAAAGAAACAGUUUCUUGUAAUAAAUCAUUUAAUUUGCACUGACAAUAAGAGAGAGAAGGCUGCAGAUCAAUUCUGUUGCAAGUAAUUGGAUUGAAUCUAUUUAUUAAAGGGCGCAAUGACAACAAUCAGGUGACUUUUUCAAGAUUAUCACAACAAGCAAAUUAUUCAUUUGCUUUGGUGUUUUCUUUGAUUUGCUUCCAGUUUAUUUUAUCCCCUACAAAUAAGAGACAUUAUGAGGUCGUGUAGCUCCCGACUGGAGUAUUAUCUUUCAAUUUGCAGGAGGAGUUUUCCUCCCUGUUUAUUUUCUGGGCCUGUUUCCUGAGACUGGUUACUUUUGUUUAUUAUUAUUUUUGCCUGUCCAAUAGAGUGAAUGGCACGGCCUUUGACAUUAAUGCCGGACCAGAGGCCUGCAUGUUUCUCCGCUCCUCCUCUUUUUGACAGCUGCCUCUCUUUCCGAGGGACUGUCGGUCUUUUAGAGUGUACAGUAUGUUAACAGUGCCAAUUUCUGUGAGAGCAGCGUGAUUCUCACCCUGCAGGCCCUGCAGCCCUUUCUUUCCCUUUUGUUCGUUUCGGCGGAGAAAGCACACUGUCGAAACGUUUCCUUUACAUGGUAGUUGAAUAGCAUUUGCGAAUUUUUACAAUAACUUGUUAUGAUCGUUAAUAUUAUUGUUAUUAUCAGUAGUAAUAUUGAAUAUUUGUUGCACAGCACUGACAGGUACAUGACGUGUAGUGCUACUAUAAGCUUGUAUGAAGAAACAAUUGUUUAUAAAUCAUUGCAAUUAUUGAUACUAUCUCUGUAUUUUUUAAGAACAACAAUAAGGGUUGUUUACACGAUAUGAUCCCUUUAGUGGUUCAGGCCUUUUUUUUUGCCUCAUUUCUGUAAAAUUGAGAGAAAUUUCCUCCCUCCUGUUACUUGAAUUUUACCUUCAACAUACGAAUCACACCCCUGAUACAGGUUGUGUUUACGGUUUUAUUUCAUGUGAAGAUGGUGCCAAAUCUACAACAAAGAUUAAAACAUCUAAAGAUGA